AUGGAGAAAUCAAUUAGUUUUGAAACAUGUCCUGAAGAGCUACGAGAAGAGAUUGUGUUACGGUCACCUUUGAAAUCCUUGGCGAAACUCGUCGGCGUCUCAAGGAAAUGGAGUUCCAUCAUCCGUGGAGAAGACUUCAAAGCUCGUUACUUGAGCCUAUCCAAGGAAAGGCCUCGAGUAUUGUUGGCCGCCGCUGAAAUAAUAAAACUGUUACCAGACUCGGCCGCCACUGAAGAAGAAGAGGAAGUCUGGUUAUCAGUGAUGUUUCGCUCCGUUUAUCAAGAGGAGGAACCAUUGUUGUCGUCUGGUCUUCAAGAGAUACGUGUUCGCGUUCUUGGUGCAACGAGCUUUAGGGCUUGUCAACCCAUCCGAGGUGUGAUCUGCCUUCACUUUACAACCAAUGAGAUUGUGAUUUUCAAUCCUUGUACGGGGAAAUCUCAGACUUUACCAGACAUCCAAGCGGAUGCGAACCAUUUCCUAGUAAGUUUUUUCGGAUACGAUGAAACUAGGGAUGUGUUCAAAGUGUUGUGUAUGGCGCUUGAUGGACCAUUCGGAGAUCGUCCUAGAGAAGCUCAAAUAUUAACGUGCAAAGGUGGCCAAGAAUCUGUAGUUAUGAGCUUUAACAUGAGUUCUGAGGAGUUUACUGCCGUUCAAGUACCUGAGGGUGUGAAUUUCCGUGGAGGAUGGAGCCUGGUGAAAUACAAAAAGAAAAUCGCGUUAUCUCGCAUGGUUGACCACAACAAUGGAGAAUUGCAGCUGUGGGUUAGGAAAGCAACCGGAGGAUGGUCAAGCGAAAGGUUUGUGAUUCCUGAUUGGAAAGACACUGUUGGAAACACAAGGUUUCAUUUCAAAGGAACCGUUGGAAAAAGCAUACUUGUUUUCUAUCAAGUGUCUAUCGUGAAGGAUUCACGUUCAACUUCUUUGCUCUACUUCGAUAAAUCAACCCAACGUCUCCGACGCUAUGAUUUUCAAGACCUGUAUGAUGCUCCUCCUCUAAAACUCCCAUAUCCUGCUGUUCAGUUAUUUUUGGACCAUUGCGAUUCGACAUGGCUUCUCUGA